AUGGCAUCCAUUGAAGAGUUUACCGCCAUCUUUCCCUGGAUAUCUACAAAAAGUUUUAUUAUCGGCGCCCUAAUGCGUAUACUCUCCGGCCCGGCCCUAACGACAGCAAUCUCUGAAGCAGGAGGGCUAGGGUUCAUUGGGCCUGGGGCAAAAACCCUAGAUACUGUCCAGGACCUUGACGAGGCAUCCCACCGAGUUCACUCUGCACAUUCUUCCCAUACUUCGAGGCUUUCGCAUUUGCCAUCGGCAUACGACCUUCUUCCUCACGCCUCUGAUUUGGAAGCGUGGACCGUUCGAAUUCGUUCUGUGUCGCCUAGUACCCAAAUAUGGAUUCAGAUCGGUACCGUCGAUGAAGUCCAAGGACUCCUCCAACGCUCCUAUCGGCCGGAUGUACUUGUUGUCCAGGGCCUAGAGGCGGGUAGCCAUGGGCACCGGGACGCAAUCGGGUUGAUCACGAUAUUGCCAGAGGUCGUAGACAUGGUAGAGGGCAGUGGCAUUAAGAUAGUUGCUUCAGGUGGCAUCACAGACGGCCGAGGAGUGUCCGCCGCGUUAUGCCUUGGUGCUACGGAAGUUGCUAUGGGUACAAGAAUUCUCGCUUCCACAGAAGUGAGGAUCAGCCAGGACUAUCAGCAGGAAGUGAUCAGGGCAACUAACGGGGGCGUUAACACUGUACGCACGCUACUAUAUAACCAUCUCCCAGAUGGGUUUCGUUCCUCAGCUGCAUUCGAUGUCAUCAGUGAUUCCCUACGGGCAAACCCGACCGAGCGCAAAGGUGUGAUCCGGAGCGUGAGGGCUGUGGUGGCCUUUACUGUCAAGGGUUCCAGUGAAAAAGAGGAGACCUGGCACCUUGAUCUCAAGGACCAUGGUAUUGUGGGUAGAGGUAGUGCACCUUCCGGCCAAAAGCCUGAUGUUUCUCUUUACCUCUCCGAUGACGACUUUGCUACCCUGUUCGAGGGGAAGACCAGCACACAGAAAUUGUUCAUGAAAGGGAAGCUGAAGAUAAGAGGGAAUAUUUUGAAGGCUACAAAAAUUGAAAAUGUCCUGAGAAAAGCGCAGACCAGGACAAACUUAUAA